AAAAGUAAACCCCUCCUCUUCCUCACAACAGAACCCAACGGUCACUCUUCCCCAUCGACCAACCCAACCAGCCCGCCACGCUUUCCCAAGCCUUCCUUCGCUCCGCCACUGCUUCCGAUCCUUCCAAGACGACAAAACGAGGGGCGGGCUCAGAAGCGCGCGAUCACCACGCACGCGCCAGCCAAUUCCUUUGCUCCCUCGCGUCCCGUCUCGAUCGCCGCGUGCGGAGCUUAACCCUGCCGCCGGCCGAGGAACGGAGCGGCAACGUCGACGCGGUGCAGCUCCUGGUCCUGGGGCUCUCGGUGCGAUGGGGAGCGAGGCCUUCACGGACUCGGCCGACGGGAGCAGCUCCAGCUCCGACGCCGCCUCCACCGACGACUGGCCCGCCCUCGCGCUCGCGCCCAAGAAGGCGCCGGCAUGCGGCGCCCCCGACGCCGAGAUGAACGGCAAGCUGAAGCGCCGACCUGGCCCAGAGAUGGAGAUGAUGAAGGAGAGGUUCGCGAAGCUGCUGCUCGGCGAGGACAUGUCCGGGAGCGGCAAGGGCGUCUGCACGGCGCUCGCCAUCGCCAACGCCAUCACCAACCUCUGCGCCACCAUCUUCGGGCAGCUGUGGAGGCUGGAGCCGCUCCCGCCGGAGAAGAAGGCCAUGUGGCGGCGGGAGAUGGACUGGCUGCUCUGCAUCAGCGACCACAUCGUCGAGCUCGUCCCCACCUGGCAGUCCUUCCCCGACGGAACCAGGCUCGAGAUCAUGACAAGCAGGCCACGGUCAGAUUUGUACAUCAAUCUGCCCGCACUUCGGAAGCUAGACCAUAUGCUCCUUGUGAGUUUUUCACAAGAAAUCCUGGACAGCUUCAGGGACACUGAAUUUUGGUACGUCGACCAAGGGAUAUGCGCGGCGGACUGCGAUGGCUCCGCCUCGUUCCGGGCGGCUUUCCACCGCCGCGACGACAAGUGGUGGCUGCCGGUGCCUCGUGUGCCACCCGGGGGCCUCCGUGACAAGACGAGGAAGCAAUUGCAGCACAAACGCGACUGUGCGAAUCAGAUCCUCAAGGCUGCCAUGGCCAUCAACAGCAAUGCCUUAGCAGAGAUGGAUGUCCCUGAAUCGUACCUCAACUCUCUGCCAAAGAACGGAAGGGCGACUUUGGGCGACGUCAUAUACCGCUACAUAACGUCGGAUCACUUCUCCCCUGAGUGCCUUCUCAACAGCCUAGACCUGUCGACGGAGUACCAAGCCCUGGAAAUUGCCAGCCGCGUCGAGGCAUCAGUCUACGUGUGGCGCCGGAGGGUUCCUGCGAAACCGGUGAACGGCUUAGGCCGCACCGCCAGCGCAAGGUCCUGGAGCAUGGUGAAAGACAUGUUGAUGGAUUCAGAGAAGAGGGAGCUGCUGGCGGAGCGAGCAGAGGGCCUCUUGAUAUGCCUGAAGCAGAGGUUCCCUGCACUGACGCAGACAAGCCUGGACAUGAGCAAAAUCCAGUACAACAAGGACGUGGGCAAGUCGAUCUUGGAGAGCUACUCGAGGGUUCUCGAGAGCCUGGCUUCGAACAUCGUCGCGCGCAUCGACGACCUUCUCAACAUCGACGAGCUGAACAGGCACGUGGAGCAACUGUCAACGGGUGAAGCGGACCUGAAGAUGGCUUGCGGCAGGGUCGUGGUGCCACCCUACCAGCAGGUGCCUGCCUCGGGCGCACCGUUUGUGACGGCUUACACCACGCCUAGCUUCUCCCCGGGGCGACUGUCGAGCCCGAGGACCUCGCUCUCUGCCGGCAGACGGUCUCACGGCAACAAGGUUGCCGCCGCCGCCACGAAGAAAGCCUUGACGGACCAUCUCGGCCCGGAGGUCAGGGGGAUGAUCAUCGUGAACCGGAGCACGAUGAUCGAUGUCUCGACGACUACGGAUAUGUGAAGCUAGGAGGCCAGUGGACUGCUCGUAGAAUUGCCAAGGGGCGGGCACCAGCCUGCCUGCCAGUCUCUCUGUGUGUACAUGUGUCCUUUAUUUGUGCUCGCCUUCUUACUGUAUUUUGAACUCUUUAGUGCUAAGCUAUGGAGUACCGCUUCUUCUUCUUUCUGCGAGAAGAAGCUGCUGUGUAUUGCUGCUUGCCUCCAAAAGAAGAAUGAGAAGAAACUAUGUGCUCUGCUGUUUGCAGACCUCAUGAUCAGAUAACAUCAUAAUUCUAGAGUUCAGUUUGCCUGCUAA